AUGGAGACUAAUUUAACUGCAGUGACAAUAAGCGAGCUCGGAAGUACUAUGACGGUUGGGAGCUUCGGACAGGAAUAUGCUAUCCUAAAAUUGAGCUCAACAGAAGAUAAAUUUGUAAGAUUUGUCCAUCUCCACGACUCGAAAAUGACUGUCUUCAUCGGUUUUGAUAUAAGCGGACGGUUAAUCGAAUGUGAAAGUGAAGAAAAUGCUAUCUGUGCAGUUGACCUUAUCUCUGAUAAGACGGAGCAACUGGUCGGAUACCUAAGGGAUUUCAAGAAAGCUAGUAUAAAGAUGCAAGCAUGUUCAAUCCAGGCACAGCGUGUAUGUUUAGGAGAGUCUGCAGAACUUGGUGUACACAAAAAUGGACUGCUGCACGAAAUGAAUUUUGCUAUCGUACGGCGGAGUUUAAAUGCCAUGGACGAACUAGCGAUCCCGGAUUCGCUGUCGAGAAAAUAUGAUAUUUUCAGCGAUAAACUCGGCCGCGGUGCCACUUGCACAGUAUAUCCAGCCACAUGUAAAACGACGGAAGUUCAGUAUGCCGUGAAGCGCGCUGAAUACCACGAGCAAUUUGAGAAUGAAGCACGCAUAUUGUCCAAAUGUGACCACGAAAACAUUAUCCGAUUCAUUGAAAUGGAACGAACGCAGCAUCACCUGUGGCUUGUCUUUGAAAGAAUGAGUUGUGAUUUAGGAGAAUACGUAAAUGGCAAGGGAAGGCUGCCAGUACAUGAGGCACGUAGAUUUGCAAAACAAAUAUGUGGCGCUCUGGAUUACUUGCACGCACGCAACAUCAUACAUCGAGAUUUGAAAUUGGAAAACGUUUUAAUUGAUGGAGAGCAUAAGACUGUCAAGUUAGCAGACUUUGGAUUUUCGAAAUAUUGUUCGAAUACAUUGAAGUCGUUUGUUGGCACAGAGCCAUACAUGGCACCGGAAAUGCUCGCUAUAUCUGAUAUAAGUGGAUACACUACAAGUGUGGACAUGUUUGCUUACGGUGUGCUUGUAUAUUUUAUGUUGGUUGGAUGUCUCCCGUGGUUUGAUAAAUGUGAGAUGGGCUCUCGGCGAUUCUUCCAGAAAAGAGCAAUAGCAAAUUACAAACCUCUAAUGGGGAGUUUAGAUAUUGUACAAUUUCUUCAAGGAUUGAUAGAACUCAAACCUGAAGCCCGAAUGACGGCUAAAGAAGCACUGAAUCACAAGUUUCUAAAGGUUGAUGUGACAAUACUCUCCAGCACGAACGAAGUAUCGGACAACACAGUUCCGGUACUUCAAUGGAGAGAAUCACGUACCAUUGCACCAACGGGAGUAUAUUAUCCAGAGCAAGAGGUUGAAUCUACUAUACUAACAACUCCUGUAAAGCAAGAACCUAAAACUGAGAUGCUAACAACUUAUAUAAGACAAAGGGCAGUCUCUGAAAGCUCAAGCGACUUGGUUAGGUCAAUAAGUGAUGUAAGGCAAGAAAACAACUCAUCUCCAAUGACGCCUGACGUUAAAUGGACUAUGACAGCCUUUCCAGGCAUUAAUAUAAUUCCAAUAGAGCCUUGCAGCAACGAGAAUAAAAGGCAGUGGGGAGUAUUUUUGCUCGAAUCAAACGGCAAAACCUUUAAGCUUAUCCACGACGCAUACACAAUCUCGACCCCAUUGUUAGAGGAGCAUGCACAAAUUAGAUACGAUAGAAAAACUGGCAUAGUGACGAUUAUAAACAAAUCUGUUAAAAUAUGGAUUGACGAAAUGCCUGUUAACUGUGAUGUAGAGAAACCAUUAGGGAGAUUUUCCAGAAUAGUACUGGCAAAGAGAGUCGCUCCAUAUUAUAAUCUUCAAUUAGCAUUCGUCAAAGAAUAA